AAAAAAAGCUAAAGUCAUAUGAGCUUCAACGAAACAAAUCACGUGAUUUAUUUUGAGAUACUACUUAAGAAAUCGCUCUUCUAUCUGUACACACCAAUAUCGGUGAAGGUUACUGAUACAGGUGCAGGAAAAGUGACGAUAAGAAUAGUGAUUAUGGAGGUCAAACUUGUGCUAGCUCUUGUUUUCUGUACUUGUGUGUGGCUUUCAGAUGGCUAUAACAUCGAUUAUCUCAGAGCGUCACGAAUUUUGGAAAAGUACGCGAAGAGUCUAGAAGAAAAUGCUGAAAAGAAAGGAAAGAGUUACAGGGCCCAGCUACAAGGUGAUCUAUGUAAUUUCAGUACCUACGACAUUGACCAGGACGGAGUAAUCGAAAAGGACGAACUGUUGACUAUCAGUGCGGGGAACGACGCAGUAUUGGCUGUCUUAGAUUUAAUGGCAGAUAACAAAUCAGUAAUGCCAGAAGAAUUCUAUGCAUUGGUACCUAUGUUCAUACCUGAAUGUCCCGACUCUGACCAGAAAUAACAUCCUGUGUCCAGUUCCGUGAAAGUUGUGUUUGCAAAAACAAUAGAAUGAUUACAGACAUUAAACUAAAUAGCUUUUGUAAAAAAUAUGAUAGCAUUUCAUUGUUUUUAUUAUCUUAAGGUAUUUAUCUGAAAUGUUCCCAAUAAUAGAUUUUAUUACAAACUUU